CCUGGCGGUACAAUAGGGUUGGGCCGCGGCCGGGACUGGGCCGGCGCCGGGCAGGGAGGGAGCGGGAUUGCGGCCGGAGCCUACAGACACUGGGCGACCGGCGACUCCGAGCCUCGCAAGGCCACCAGCCGAACCAGCCUCCAUCUUCUCCGGAGCGCCCGGGCCUCCGAGUCGUUGCCCGCCGGGCCGGGCCGGGCGUGAUGCGCCGCGGGACCCCUAUCCUGGCCGCUGGCCGCCGCCGCCCCUGAGACCCCUAGGCCCCCCAGUGACGCCACAGCCAUGGAGAGCGGCCCACAUGCCGAGCCGGGUGCCGACGCACCCCCAGCUGUGGCAGCCAGGACUCCCUCAGAGCCAAGACCUUCUCCAGAAGGUGACCCCUCCCCACCACCACCACCAUCAGCCCUGGUGCCUGACACUCCCCCGGAUACUCCUCCUGCCUUGAAGAAUGCCACUAGCCCUAAGCAGCUCUCACUGGAACAAGAGAGCCCCCCAGGGCCAACUGGGCCCAGGCCAGCCCCUCAGCAAGAAGAGUCCCCUUUCUCAGAAGUGAAGAUCAGGGGACCCACUCCACCAGCCACAGGCCCACGGGAUGCCAGGCCUCCUCGAAGGAGCAGCCAACCGUCCCCAACAGUGCCAGCCUCUGACAGCCCUCCCACCAAGCAAGAUGUAAAGAAGGCAGGAGAGAGACAUAAGCUGGCAAAGGAGCGGCGAGAAGAGCGGGCCAAGUACCUGGCGGCCAAGAAGGCAGUGUGGCUGGAGAAGGAGGAGAAGGCCAAGGUGCUGCGGGAGAAGCAGCUCCAGGAGCGCCGGCGGCGGCUGGAGGAGCAGCGGCUUAAAGCUGAGCAACGCCGGGCAGCCCUGGAGGAGCGGCAGCGGCAGAAGCUGGAGAAAAACAAGGAGCGCUAUGAAGCAGCUAUCCAGCGGUCAGUGAAGAAGACGUGGGCUGAAAUCCGGCAGCAGCGUUGGUCUUGGGCAGGGGCCCUGCACCACAGCUCCCCAGGACGUAAGACCAGUGGGAGCAGGUGCUCCGUGUCGGCAGUAAACCUGCCCAAACACGUGGACUCUAUAAUCAACAAGCGGCUCUCAAAGUCCUCUGCCACGCUCUGGAACUCCCCCAGUAGAAAUCGCAGCCUGCAGCUGAGCGCAUGGGAGAGCAGCAUCGUGGACCGUCUGAUGACGCCCACCCUUUCCUUCCUGGCACGGAGUCGCAGUGCAGUAACACUGCCCCGCAAUGGCCGGGACCAGGGUAGGGGCGGCGGCCCUGGGCGAACCCGCACAAGGGGCGGGGCAGGGGCCAGCCUCGCCGGAGGAAUGCACCUAGACCGCGCUCAUCCCUCUGCAGCCGUGCCCGUGUGCCCGCGCUCGGCCUCCGCCAGCCCCCUGACGCCGUUGUGCAGCGCUCCGCGAAGCGUGCAUCGCUGCGCCCCUGCCGGGGAGCGCGGGGAUCGCCGCAAGCCCAGCACUGGGGGCAGCCCCGCCCAGGUCCGCCGCCGGCCCGAGGCCUCGCCGAUUCAGAAAAAGGAGAAGAAGGACAAGGAGCGGGAAAACGAGAAGGAGAAGAGUGCCCUGGCCCGGGAACGCAGCCUCAAGAAGCGCCAGUCGCUGCCGCCUCCUCCGCGCCCACGCCUCUCCGCCGGCGCUGGCGAGCUCAGUCCCAAAUCAAAGGCCCGGCCAUCUUCUCCCUCCACAUCCUGGCAUAGGCCUGCCUCUCCCUGCCCCAGCCCAGGGCCAGGCCAUGCUCUGCCCCCAAAACCACCGUCUCCCCGAGGCACCACUGCAUCGCCCAAGGGGAGGGUUCGGAGGAAGGAUGAGGCAAAGGAGAGCCCCAGCACAGCAGGACCUGAGGACAAGAGCCAGAGCAAAGGCAAGGCCAGCGACGAGAAGGAGCCAGCAGACCCAGCCUCACCAGCACCCUCACCUGUGCCCUCACCCACCCCAGCCCUGCCCCAAAAGGAGCAGCCCACAGUGGAGACCCCCACAGAUGCUGCUGUCCUGACCUCACCCCCAGCCGCUGCUACCGCGGUGACCCCUAGCAAACCCAUGGCGGGCACCACAGACCGAGAAGAGGCCACUCGGCUCCUGGCUGAGAAGCGGCGCCAGGCCCGUGAGCAGCGGGAGCGCGAGGAACAGGAGCGGAGGCUGCAGGCAGAAAGGGACAAACGAAUGCGAGAGGAGCAGCUGGCGCGGGAGGCCGAGGCCCGGGCCGAGAGGGAGGCGGAGGCCCGGAGGCGGGAGGAGCAAGAGGCCCGAGAGAAGGCGCAGGCGGAGCAGGAGGAGCAGGAGCGGCUGCAGAAGCAGAAAGAGGAGGCCGAAGCUCGUUCCCGGGAAGAGGCGGAGCGGCAGCGUCUGGAGCGGGAAAAGCACUUCCAGCGGGAGGAGCAGGAACGGCAAGAGCGCAAGAAGCGUCUGGAGGAGAUAAUGAAGAGGACUCGCAAGUCAGAAGCUGCUGAAACCAAGAAGCCAGACAGAAAUGAGGCAAAAAACAAUUCCAGCCCAGACCCUGUGAAAGUUGGGGACUCUCGGCCGUCAGGGCUGCAGAAGGAGGCUUUGCAGAAGGAGGAACUGGCCUCCCAGGAGCCUCAGUGGAGUCUGCCAAGCAAGGAGUCACCGGGGUCCCUGGUGAAUGGCCUGCAGCCUCUCCCAGCACACCAGGAAAAUGGCUUCUCCCCUAAGGGACCCUCUGGGGACAAAAGUCUGGGCCGAACGCCAGAGGCACUCCUGCCCUUUGCAGAGGCAGAAGCCUUCCUCAAGAAAGCCGUUGUGCAGCCCCCACAGGUCACAGAAGUCCUUUAAGGGUUUGCCUUGGACCAGGCACAGCUGUGAGAGCUCCUCUGCAUCACCUAUCAGGAUGUCUGGAAGAGAAAGAGACAGAACAAAGCCAGAAGUGGCCUGGGCCCCUGGGGGUGGGUCCUCUCUGUUAUUUUUAAUCUGCACCUUAUAGACUGAUGUCUCUUUGGCGGAGCCAGACCCUGCCCCUCAGUGCAUUCGUGUGCUCACACAUGCGGACACCCCUCCCCCCAUACACACACAUACACUCACAGCCUCUCUGGCCUCUUCCCUUGGGGAUGGGCCACCUGUAGUAUUUGCCUUGGUUUGGUGGGGUACAGUGGAUGUGAAUACUGUAAAUAGCUUGUGCUCAGAUGCCUCUGUGUGGAGGAGGGGAGAUGCAGGAAGCAGACCCUCCCAAGACUCCCUAGGGAAAUCUUCCUCUCUCUAUUUAACUGUAACUGGGGAGGAACCAGAUCUGGGGACGGGGGUUACCUUGGACCACAGGAUACUGGUUGUUUUAGGGGUACCCAUGCCCCCUGCCCUCACCUGGAAUCAGUGUUAUUGCAUCUGAUCGAACUUCUGCAGAAAUAAAAUGAGACUAAUUCUGCCA